CAUAGAGAUGUCUGGCGUAGCGAGGCGUAGCCAUAGAGAUGUGCAGUGGAUGGCUAGAGCGUUACUCGCCAAGCCGGCUUUCCCUUCGUUAGCCUUCCUUUCCAACAUGGCGCAGUCAGUUAACAUCACGGAGCUGAAUUUGCCGCAGCUAGAAAUGCUCAAGAACCAGCUGGACCAGGAAGUGGAGUUCCUGUCCACGUCCAUUGCCCAGCUCAAGGUGGUACAGACCAAGUAUGUGGAAGCCAAGGACUGUCUGAACGUGCUGAACAAGAGCAACGAGGGGAAAGAAUUACUUGUCCCACUGACAAGUUCCAUGUAUGUUCCUGGAAAAUUACAUGAUGUGGAACAUGUGCUUAUCGAUGUGGGAACUGGCUACUAUGUAGAGAAGACAGCUGAGGAUGCCAAGGACUUCUUUAAGAGGAAGAUAGACUUCCUCACCAAGCAGAUGGAGAAAAUCCAGCCAGCUUUACAGGAGAAGCAUACAAUGAAACAGGCUGUCAUGGAGAUGAUGAGCCAGAAGAUUCAGCAGCUCACAGCUUUGGGAGCAACUCAGGCUGCUGCCAAGGCCUGAGUUUUACUGCAGACAUGGAGCAGA